AUGGGAACGCAUCCAGAGCUUUGGAAAUCAAGAACAGCAGCUUAUUUGCAGGAUGAGCAAAUUACAUCUAGGUCCUCCCGCAAACUGAAGGCAGGACUCUCAAAAAAUUUCAGCAUCCUGCCUAAUCAGGAUAAAGUCCCUUUGUUCACAUUUGAUCAAAAUCCUGACCAUCAACUGGAUGCAAAAAGAAGCAUGAAGCCUUUAAAUGCUACUGUGCCCACCCAGGAGAUGUCAGGAGGCAAAGAAAAUGAGCUUCCUGGAGCACAAAUGCUCAGUGGCAGCAGCUGUGUUCCCCGGCAGUCUGUCAAAAAGCUUAUUGAAACAUUCAGUCCUACGGACAACCUUGUAAAAGCUGCACCUCUAAGAUCUUUAGGACCAAUAAAGUGCAUCAGAAAAUUUGGACUUCCAGUCGCCCCACCCACCAUUCCCUUUCAGAGAGGCCUGGCACCUUUAAAUCUUAAGCAUCGUAUUUCACCGGUAGAAGACGCAAACACUUCAAACACCAAUGAUGCUUCUUCUAGCUUUCCAAAUGCCUUUCCUCCUGCACCACCUGCAGAAUUAAGCAAGAUGGACAUGAAGGAAGAGACUGAUGAAGACACUGAGAACCUGCCACCACCACCACCUGAAAUGUUAAGGGACACUUCUUCUGAAAACUUAUCUGAGCCUGAAGAAACUGCAAGAAUAGAAGAAAACUCUUCAGAAGAUGCCAAAAAGCCCACCAAAACAGAAUUUCAUACUAAUAAGAGAUCACAAGUUUCCCCAAAAAUGAAAGCCUCCCUUCAGUCCAUUGACUUACUACCAAGUAAAAAUAUUGGCGGCCCCAGUGCGAUGACUAAUAAAGGUCUAAAGACUACCAGGUCAGGGGAUGAGAAACUGCCAAGGUACUCUCUGGAGCUGAACCCUACCAACGUGCACAUCCCCAGCCAGGAGGAGAUAUUAGAAACCCAGAGAAAAGAGGCUGCGGAUUUAUACAAGCAAACCCAUAAAAUUAUUCCUCUUCAAAACCCCAGUGGGGUUUCAAAACCACAGAGUGACAGCUCAGAGAGCAAAGAGCCCAAUUCACCUGCGACUUCAGUGCUGUCCCAGAAGCACAGCUCUCCAGAUUCACUCAGGAGAAAUGAAAAAGGCUCACCAUUUGCCAGGAGGGUCUCCCCAACGAGAACUCCCCCUUCGUCACCAACUGAGAAACGUAUUUUCAGCCCCCCAGCACACCACAGACACUCUCUGCAGGCUUUUAGUAAUGUGCAACCAAGCUCACCCACCAUGCAAAGGAAGCCCAGUCCUCCCUCUAGUCCCAGGAUGCCCAGCCCACCCUCGCAGAAGAAGAUGCCCUCUCCGCCAACCCAUCGAAAACCCCUCAGCCCUCCUGUGGGGCACAGGCAAAGCUCACCAGCACCACACCGUCUGGGGGGCUCCCCAGCCUCCCGCCGAGAUGCAAGCCCCCCUCCAUUCCUCACCACUCCCUCCCCCCCAGCCUCCCCAUCUCGUUCCUCCAAGGGCCCAAGAGCUGGGCUGGACGCUGGGGACGAGCACCAGCUCCCCUCCUCCAAGAGGGCCAGUAAUGUCCGUUCAAUAUUUUGCCCGGCCACCUCCUCCUUAUUUGAAGCCAGACCUCCACUGGCACCCACCAAACCCACUGCUGAAGUGACCAGCCAGCCUGAAGCUUCAUCACAUUCCCAGAAGAGCAGUCUGCUUUUCCGGCAGCCCGGAGACCGGACCAGAAAGCUGUCCCUGACCACUGCCAACCCUCAGCCGUUUGUAAGGAGAAGUUUCUCUGACCGCCGACCAGGGGUCCAGUUUCAUCCUCCAGCUUCUCUAACAGCUGGCAGCGAACCCACACUUCACCAAGCAAGCUUGGAGGAGAGCCCUAGAAAAGCAAGUGAUUGUUGGAACAACUCUUGUGCUCCCGAAAUCAAAGACUCCAACAGAUCCACUUCCCACCCUGACCUCUACAUCGUGGGCCAGGGGCUGCAGAGGGACUGA